AUCACGGAACAGUACGUACAUAUCAUUAGAGAGAGAAACAGAGACUUUUUAGAGAGAUAAAAUCUGGAACUUCAGAAUGCAGGCGACUCAAACCCUAUCUUCGUCUCCAAGCUUAAGUGCCGACGAACUUGCAGAGACUGUCGCUGAUGAUUUUAGCUCAAAGCUAAAUCUCAACAAUUCGAAAAAUGAAUUCGAAGCUGGAGUGGGAGGAGGAGAAGAAGAAGAUUUCUCUUUUGUAUGUAACGGCGGCUACACAUCGCCUAUUGCGGCGGAGGAUGUCUUUCAGAACGGUCAGAUCCGGCCGACGUUUCCAUUAUUCAACAGAGAAGUGCUCUUGUCCGGGGUUUCUAUGCCGUCCAAGAACGAUUUGCCUCUUCGACCUCCGGUGAGAAAAAUCUUCAUCGAAGCGAACGAUCCUCCAACACCUCGUAUGUCAUCAUCGUUGGCGUCGAAAAGUGAAGAAAUGGAGACGACAGCAACCGGGUCGUACUGUAACUGGUCAAGAAAGGCGAUUGAAGCGUCGCCGGAGAUCUGCAAGAAGAGCAACUCCACCGGAUUUUCGAAGCUGUGGAGGAUCGGAGAGUCGGUGAAUCGGAGCAACAGCGACGGCAGGGACGCCUUCGUGUUCUUGAACGGUUCGACGAAGAGAGAAGAGAUAAUGGAGAAGAGCAAGACGUCGUCGGAGAAGAAUGGCUCCGGUGCCGGAGGGAAAGGGAAGGUGAAGAAGGGAGGGAAGCGCGAAAAGGCGUCGUUGUCGGCGCAUGAGUUGCAUUACGUGAGGAACAGAGCCAUGAAGGAGGAGGAUCGAAAGCGGUCGUACCUUCCGUACAGACCAGAGCUGGUUGGGUUCUUCACCAAUGUGAACGGGGGUUUAAGUAGGAACCUACACGUCCCCUUCUGAGCACAAUUUUUAUUUACAGUUUUUUUUUUUUUUCUUUUUCUUUUUCUUUCUUGUGGUCAUAUUUUUAACUUCUUUAUAUAUACUUGUAUUUACAUCAUGAUGAUGAUAAUUGUAGAAACAAAAGUCGAUAUUGUAUAAAAAGUUUCUAAGUUUGGAAUGUAAUUGUUAAUUAGUAAGGAUUAUCAAAAGCCUUUAAUAAUCUAGUGAUUUUUUUUUUUUAUCAAAAUAGUUGAAAUUCGAAGGUUAGGUUUAAUUUAAUAAGAACAAAUAGUAUGUGAGUUUC